UCAAAUCCUCUAAGCAUUAGAUCAUAUCAUAUAAUUCUAUAAAAAAAAAAAAUGGUAGAAAUUUUGGUGAGGGAGUUCGACGCUGAGAGAGAUAGCCAUGCCGUCGAAGAAAUGGAGCGCCGGUGCGAGGUGGGGCCCAGCGGCAAGCCGUCGAUCUUCACUGACUUCAUGGGGGACGCGAUUUGCCGUAUCCGCCAUUCACCGGUCUACCUCAUGCUGGUUGCAGAGUAUGAAGGAGAGAAAGGGAUAGUUGGUGUGAUAAGAGGUUGCAUAAAAACUGUGACGAGAGGAAGAAAGCCUUUCACUGAUUUUCCGAUCUAUACGAAGGUCGCGUACAUCCUCGGGCUGAGAGUUUCCCCCACACACAGGCGGUUGGGCAUAGGCACAAAGCUAGUGGAAAAGCUGGAGGAGUGGUGCAGACAGAAGGGUGCGGAGUACGCAUACAUGGCGACCGAAAGAGGCAACCAGGCAUCCAUCAACCUCUUCACGCUAAAAUGCGCCUACAUCAGGUUCCGCACCCCAACCAUCCUCGUCCAGCCCGUGCACGUGCACCGCAAGCCCAUCGGCUCAAGCCACGCAGUCAUCCGCCUAGCCGCGCCACUAGCCGAGUCGAUCUACCGUCGGCUCUUCUCAGCCGCCGAGUUCUUCCCAAAAGACAUCGACGCCAUCCUCUCCAACCAGCUCAACCUCGGCACCUUCAUGGCAUUACCCAAGAAACACCUCCCCGUGUGGGACCCACAGGCAAGCCGACUCCCGCCGAGCUUCGCUGUAAUGAGCGUGUGGAACUGCAAGGACGUGUUCAAGCUGCAGGUGAAAGGCGUAUCACCGCUAACGCGCGCAUGGUGCGCAGGGAGCCGAGUUUUAGACGGCUUCAUGCCGUGGCUACAGAUACCGUCCAUUCCCGACGUAUUCCAGCCGUUCGGUGUGUAUUUGUUGUACGGAUUGUAUAUGGAAGGGAAGGGUGGGAUGGGGCUGAUGAAAGCAUUGUGUCGGUUUGCACAUAACAUGGGGCGUGAUGACGUGGGAUGUGGGGCCAUAGUAGCUGAGGUAGGGAGGCGGGACCCAGUUCAAGAAGCAGUGCCACAUUGGCAGAGAUUCUCAUGUGCUGAGGAUGUGUGGUGUAUGAAGAGGCUGGUGGGGGAAGAGUAUUGUGAUGGUGGGGAAGGUGGGCCACCUGAUUGGGUCCAAUCUCAACCAAGUUCGCCUGUUUUGUUUGUUGAUCCGAGGGAAUUUUGAGUGUUUGGGAAAAUACUGUGAAUGGGGCCCACUUACAUUGUCUUAUGAUGCUUGGAGCUGUUGAUCUAAUGGGCCAUUAUGUUGAUUGGUGAUUGGUCAUAAGGGUUAUGAUCAGACUAUCUUUAUCAUCAUCUUGGAUGGAUAUGAUGAUGCAAUACGAAGUAUUGUAUGGUAGUAACGAUGUAAUGCCUCUUAUAGCCGUUGAAUGAGAAGGAAAUUGAAUUUGGAAGGUUUGAUCU